AGUCUCCUAACUCUAAGCUCAUGUCUCUCUUCUUGCUGUUAUCACAACAGUUUUGUAUACAAAGAUUUAUCAGUUGUGCUGGGGAUCUUUAUAACAUUUGAGUCCUGGCUCACGUUGGAGCCAGAUAGAAAAACUGAGUUCUCCUUUUGCUAUUAGAAACAGAAUUGACUAGGACGGCACAUAACAGGGAACACCCAUUUGGAAAUAGCUGCCUUCAUCACAGCAGGAUCCUGGCUCAGAACCUCCCAGUAUCUUCUUAUUGGCCCCAGCUCCCAUGGCAGGCAAUUUUUGGUGAUCGCCACGAGGUACCUGUUUUCAAAGAUGCUUCCUGCAAGCCUUGACAAGGAGAUUCGUUGAUAAGGCAUUGGUAUUACACACUGCAAUGCAGGAUUCUCGCCACAUGCUUGCUCUUCAGUUAUGCCUUGUUGCUGCAUUCAUCGCUGCUGUUUACAGUGAAUGUAGCCUUCCAAACAGCUUAUCUUUUGCUGUGCUAAGGAACUCAGAUGAAAGAAAGAGCUAUCCUAUUGGAACCAAUUUGACUUAUCGUUGCAAGCCAGGUUAUGAACCUAUUCCUGGAACACGUCCUGUUAUACGGUGCCUCGAAACUUCAGAAUGGUCAGAAAUCCCCCAGUUUUGUCAAGGAAGACAUUGUCCUUUUCCAAAUAUAGAAAAUGGCAAAAUAGCAACUAUGACUGACUUCCGGUUGGGUGAUCAAAUAACCUUUGCCUGCAAUGAGGGGUACAGAUUAAUAGGGCAAAAUGGUGCUCGUUGCAUGCUGCUGGCAGGCAGAGUUGUUUGGAAUAGGAACCCUCCACCCUGCCAACGCAUUCCUUGUUUGCCCCCUCCUACAAUUGCCAAUGGUAAGCAUAGCAGUACUGAUAGUGACGACAACUAUGUACAUGGCUCAGCAGUAACAUACGACUGUGAGAGUGGCUUUUCUCUUAUCGGAAAGAAGACUAUUGUAUGUACAACAGAUGAAAAUGACACAGUUGGAAAAUGGAGUGGAUCUGCACCUCGAUGUGAAGUAGUAGAAUGUAGGAGACCAGAAGUCUCAAAUGGAAGAAUAAUAUCUUCGUAUCAGCGUUCAUACAUAUAUGGCAAUACUGUGAUGUUUGAAUGUUAUCGUGGAUAUAUUUUGCAAGGGGAGAAUGUUAUUAAAUGUGAGGCUAAUAAUACAUGGAAUCCUGCUCCUCCAAAAUGUGUCCUGAGAGACUGUGACCCUCCAAGAGACGUACCCUUUGCUGUGCUGAGCAGUGAGGAACAAAGAGAGAGCUAUCCUGUUGGGACUAGUUUGACUUACAAUUGCAUCCCAGGUUAUGAAUAUAUAUGGGGACAGAAGCUUACUAUACGAUGCCUUACAACUUCAGAAUGGUCAGAAAGUCAUCAGUUUUGCCAAAAAAGGAAAUGUCCUUUUCCAAAAAUACAGAAUGGCAGAUUAGCAGCUAGAAGUGAUCUUUUUUUUGAUAGUGAAAUAACCUUCAUCUGCAAUGAAGGGCACAGAUUAAUAGGACACAAUACGGCUCGUUGUGUGUUGGAAGAUGGCAAUGUUGUUUGGAAUAGGGACAUCCCACGUUGCGAACGCAUUCCUUGUCUUCCCCCUCCUGCAAUUGCCAAUGGUACAUUUCGUGGCAGCGAUGGGGACACCUUUCUCUAUGGCUCAAAGGUACAAUAUUGGUGUGACAGUGGUUUGUCUCUUAUUGGAGAAAACAUCAUUUCCUGUAUAAUUGAAAGAAGUGGCUUAAACACAAAGUGGAGUGGACCUGCACCAGAAUGCAAAGUGGUCAGCUGUAACAGACCAGAAGUCCCAAAGGGACAAAUAUUUCCCAAACAGGCUUCAUACACAUAUGGUGAUACUGUGCAUUUUCUAUGCAGCCUUGGACAUAUUUUAAAGGGAAGCAGAAUUAGUAAAUGUGAGGUUGACAGUUCAUGGCAUCCUGCUCCUCCAACAUGUGUCUUGGGUAGUUGUGAUCCUCCUACUGGAUUAUACUUUGCUGAGCUACUUGAUGCAUAUAAAAAUCAGUCUUCCUAUCCUGUUGGGUCAGUUGUGAAAUAUAAAUGCCAACCAGGCUAUACUAAACAACUUGAACUUCCAUCCUUUAUUCAGUGCCUUACAAGCAUGAAAUGGUCGAGUGUUCUUGUGCACUGUGAAAAGCAAUCAUGUGGAAAUCCAGGUGAACCAGAGAAUGGCAGGUUGAUUGAACCAAAAGAUUUUCUUUUUGGCUCCAGUAUAAAUUUCACUUGUGAUGAAGGGUACAGUCUAAUUGGUCAGUCGUCUAUACAGUGCGUGGUAUCUGGUCAAAAAGUAACAUGGAGUGGUGAAAUUCCUCUUUGUCAGCGUAGACAAUGUCCUUUUCCAAAGAUAGAGAAUGGAAAAAUAGCAAAUGAAAGUGACUUUCACCUGGGUGACCAAAUAAUGUUUCAAUGUGAUGAGGGGCAUAGAUUAAUAGGGCACAAUGGUGCUCGUUGCGUGUUGUUGAAAAACAAUAAUGUAGAUUGGGACAAGGACCCUCCAUAUUGUGAACAUGAAAUUUUACUUCCUUCAUCUGGACCCAAUGUCACCUCUACCUUUCCUACUUAUACUAGUUCUUUACCCACACUCCAAACAGAGUUAGCCUGGGAGAAGCUGUUCAUAAUACUACAAGAGAUCAAGGAUUUAAUAAACAUAAAAACAAAGUCCUUCGAAGAACGCCUGGAUGGGUUAGAAAAGAAAGUGGACAAAGUCAUAUAUGAAAUGAAGUCCUGCUGCCAACAGUCUAGAGAAGAGAGGCUGGAGGAGGAGGUGGAGGAAGAGUCAUGACGAUGCUAACUCCAAAUGCUCUGACAGUGGCAUUCGAGCAACUCUUUCCUGGGAGGCUCAUAGGAUAGACCUGAGUAGAACUGCUUAGGAUUGCUCUCUAAAAAUUUUUGGUGAUAGUAAAGCAUUGUCAGCACACAGGGUGAAGCAGACGCAUUGCAGGAUCAACGCUAAAAACAUGGAUGAAGGCAUAUUUAGGUGGCUAUCUAUUUUGAAAAACUUGGGGGGUAAUAACUUUGUGCUAGAUUGUAAUGAAUAACUGCCACCUGGAUAAAGCCUAAUUUAGUAGCAAAAAGAAAGACCAUUCAGAACCAUGUAGUAUUCAAUUGUAUAAUUUUUAUCUCAUUUAAUGCUGUACCAAAUCAAAAUCUAGAUGCAUUCAAUCUUCAAAUUGUUUGUGAGGUAUAACUGAAGUACUGAUAUAUAGAUAAGUAUAGAGAUAUAGGUUUGGUAAAUAAGUAGGAAAAUAGAUUACAGAUCUCUUAUUGCUAUUUUGACAUAAUAAACUUUAUUAAAGGAUAGUUUUAAUAUA